AAAUGAGUAUACAAAAUAGCCAACAAAAAGUACCCUCCGAAACUUCACCACUGCAUAUAAGUCCAUAACACAACCGAUGGGACACAUCUUUAUCACCUUCGCCGAAAUUUCCACACACUCCAACUUUUUCGGCAUAAUAUUCCAUAUAUUAUCUUUCAAGCACAACUUAAAGUCAUCAAAUCAAAUCGUUUUAACAUUAACAUUUGUCGGACAGAUAUAUAUUGUUUCAAAUUAUUUGCGUCUUAGAAAUUGGUACCAAAAAAUAUGACGCAUCAGGUUUCGCGAAAUGAUCAUCAAGUUGUGCCGCAGACUCCUCAGAUGACGAAGCUGCUGGUUAGCGUAACUGUUCGGGGAAGUGUCGGGCCGAUUCAAGUUAUAGUGUCGCCCGAUGAUACGGUCCAUGACUUGAUAAAGGAUGUGUUAAAAGUGUACGUGAAAGAGAAGAGAAGGCCAUUGUUGAGUGAGAUUCAUCCUUCUUGCUUUGGCCUUCAUUACUCUCCCUUCAGUCUCCAAAGCCUAAAAUUGGAUGAGAAAGUGAUCAAUUUGGGGUCUAGGAAAUUCUUCUUAUGUCCCGAGCAAGCAGAUCAUGCAAGAACAAUUAUUUUAGACCAAUCAAAACAGAAUGAAAGAUUUUCAUUUCCAUUAGCCAAGUUUUUGGACUUCUUACGAUCUCUCUAUAAUUUUCUUAUGCAUCGUAGUACAAGUCAUUAAAAAUUAGGAAACCAUAUUCAAUGGUUGCUUUUUUAUCAAUAAAUAAUGUAUUCAAUAUCAAAUACUUAACUACUACUAGAUGUACAUAUCUUUGUCUUAAUUAAUGUGGUAAAUUUUACCAAAAUUUAUUUCAGAUAUAAAUAUAGAUUACUAAUGUAAAAAUGUAAAAAUUUGUACAAUGCACGAUUAUUUUAGUA